AUUUAUAUUUAUAUUCAUAUUAUGUAAAUUUAUAUAUUUAUAUUAUAUAUGUAUAUUAUUUUCAUAAUUACUUUUACAUUUAUAGGAACUGCCGUAUCUGUCGGCGUGUUCAGUCAUAUUUUGAAGAUUGACGACGCUAUCGUGGGAAUCAUGAGCUCUAUGAGCAAGAUUUUAGCUGGUUUUGUCUAUGCAUUUGCAAUCACGGACUGGAUGAUUUAUUUAGGCAAAGUAAAUUCGUUGCUCGGCGUUUGCGAGUCUCUAAUGCCACUCAUUUAUGGGCCCAUGUACAGUUCCAUUUACGCCGCAACCAUGAAAACGUUUCCGGGGACGUUCUUCAUUGUCGGCGCUUGCAUGACCAUGCCAGCAGUCGUCGCGUUCUUGAAAGAUCGGCAACUGCUGGAGCAAGAGAAAGUGAAGAGCAAGGAAGGACCAGAGGAGAACGACUUGAAAACUACCAAAUGGCAAGUGGUUGGCGAGAAGAAACCAGAAGUUCCUACGAUGAACGGUGUUGCGAACGCAGCUUUCGAAUCUGACCAUUUG